AUGUCACGCGCAGCAAAAGCAACACUAGCCGGAACGUCCCUCUUCGCAAUGGGUACCGUCUUUUUCGUACAUUAUGCUCAGAGCAAUGAGAAAGCUGCAAUGCACGCAGGCGUCGUCCGAGACAUGGAACAACAACGUAUCAAGAAAGAACGACAGCUAGAUUUCGACAUGCAGAAGCAGUUGGAGGCGGAGUUUAAGAAGGUGCAGAGUGUGAGUGAUGGGGGGACUGUUGGGGAUGCUUGA